AUGCCAUAUAAAUGUACUGAAUGCAGUAAGAGUUUUAAGUAUAAGCAUAGUCUUGAAUCACAUCAGUGGGUUCACAAAGAGCAAAAACCUUAUAAGUGUUCUGAAUGCAGCAAAACCUUUAGUUAUAAGAAAACUCUUGUAGCCCAUCAGUGGGUUCACACUGGGCAAAAACCAUAUAAAUGCACUGAAUGUAGCAAGACAUUUAGUUAUAAGAAGACUCUUGUAACUCAUCAGUUGUCUCAUACUGGACAAAAGCUGUAUCAGUGCACUGAAUGUGAGAAGAGUUUUAGCAGUAAGUGGAAUCUUGUAUCUCACAAGUUGAUUCACACAGGACAAAUGCCAUAUAAAUGCACUGAAUGUAAUAAGACUUUCAGACGUAAGCAGAGUCUAGAAUUACAUCAAGGGAUUCACAAUGAGCAAAAGGCAUUUAAAUGUACUGAAUGUAAUAAAAGUUUUAUAAGUAAAGGGAACCUUGCCUAUCAUCAGUUGGUUCACACGGGGCAAAAACCUUAUAAAUGUACUGAAUGCAGCAAGUGUUUCAGAAGUAAGGGAACUCUUGUAUCUCAUCAGAAAGUUCAUACAGGGCAUAAACCAUAUAAAUGUACUGAAUGUGACAAGAGUUUUAGUUGUAAAAAGUCUGUUGUAGCGCAUCAAUGGAUUCACACAGGGCAGAAAGCUUAUGCCUGUACAAAAUGUAACAAGAGUUUCUGUUAUAAGAGGAAUCUUGUAUCUCAUCAGCUGGUUCAUAAAGACAAAAAAGCAUGUUUAUGA